CCCGGCCGCGCAGCGAUAUUUUAUCUCAGUCUCCACCAAGUCAUGACUCUAGACCUCGCCAGACAACGGAACUCGUCUCGGUGUUGCGAGUGGUUUCUGAGUACACACUGUAUCAUGUUGCUGCUCUCUCUCUCGCUGUCUCUGUGUGGGAGCUCUUGCUGUAAUGCGUGAAGAUCUGCGGGGAUUUAUUCAGACUGAGUCAAGAACGCAACGUGGACGCGCGCUUUAGCCAAAAUGCCUCGUUGCUUUUCUAAUGACCAUAGAUGAUAUGCAUGCAUACGGACGUUUUCACAACUAAUUCCGGGAUUAUAAUUACGGCACGACGAGCUUUCCUCAACUCAGUCUCCAACUUUUCUGUGAACCAACAGGUGCGCACUUGCAUUACGCAGAAGCUGCAAGGUCUGCGAGAUUUGGAUGAGGAUUUUUCUUGAUUUAGGGAGAUAUUCAUUUUACUUUUUCACCUGAAGGACUGAUGAUUAAGAUUAUGUGGAUUCUACUCUGCCUUUAUCCUCUCCAAAUGUGUCCAAAACAGCACUGGUGUCCUGUAAACGACGCAUGUGUGUGGUGAUACAAACCAUCACUUCAACAGAGCUCUGUGAUCGCCAACCACCACUCAUCCAAAUGAUCCUUCCAUUAUUAUUCCUUCUUGCAUCGCUUCUCCAACAAUAUGGCUCGGAAGCUGAAUCAAGUCAUGUCAGCAAAUUUCACACUCCAAGUGUAAAGGAGCAAAACGGAGUGCAAGAUUCCCAUCAGGAGAAGAUCAUCACAGUGUCUGGAGAGGGGAUGGUCCACAGCCCAGACUUCCCUCACCGUUACCCCAGGAACACUGAACUGGUCUGGAGACUAGUGGCGCCCAAUAACAUGAGGAUCCAGCUCACCUUCGAUCAGAGGUUCGGUCUGGAGGACCCCGAAGAUGGCAUAUGCAAGUACGACUUUGUGGAGUUAGAGGACCUGACCGAGAAGAGCAUCCUGGGUCGCUGGUGUGGGUCACAGUCGGCUCCAGCUAGUCUCACUUCCAAAGGCAGUCAGAUCAGGAUCCGCUUCAUGUCUGAUGAGUACUUCCCCUCUGAGCCGGGAUUCUCCAUCCGCUACUCCCCUCUGCCUGUGAGUGUAUCAGAGCCCGAAGUCCCCGCAGUCAUCCCCCCGUCCCAGCAGGGGGUUGAGGAGCUGUCAGAGGCUGUGGCAGGGCUGGACAGCGUGGAGGAGGUCAUGAAGUUCCUGGAGCCGGAGCGAUGGCAGCUGGAUAUGGAGGAGCUGUACAAACCAACGUGGCAUGUGCUGGGGAAAUCCUUCCUCCACAAUAAGAAGGCCAGAGGAGGAGCUGAUCUUAAUCUGUUGAGGGAGGAAGUGCGAUUGUACAGCUGCACCCCACGAAACUUCUCUGUUUCCUUGCGUGAGGAGUUGAAGAGGACAGAUGCCAUUUUCUGGCCGAGCUGCCUCCUGGUGAAGCGCUGUGGUGGAAACUGUGCCUGCUGCUCUCACCGCUGCUUCGACUGUCAGUGUGUUCCUGCCAGGGUCACAAAGAAAUACCAUGAGGUUCUACUGUUGAAACAUCGAAGCGGUGUCAAAGGCCUGCAGAAGUCCAUGACUGAUGUCCUCCUGGAGCACCAUGAGGAGUGUGCCUGUGUGUGUAAAGAUGACUGGGACUGACCUCACUCGUGUAAUAGCUGCCACCAGAAUCGCACAGGUCAUUAGAAAUGAACCUCUGCAGCUGUUGCAACAUUCUGUAUCUCAUCCACUUCCACUGGGAGCUAACAAGAUUGUCCCUUCAUCCUAUUGUCCUUUCGCUAAUUGGAUAAAACGGAACAGACUGGAAUCUAAUAAGUCUGCUGAAUGGAUUUGACUGCUGUGGAAUACCAAUAGUGUGCUCUGAGUGCAUUUUAGAGACACAACAAUUCACUGGAGCAGAUCUAGACUAUUACCAUUGUGCUCUGAACACUUUUUCAGAGAUAUGAACAUUGAGGUGCUUUUUCCUCUUCUUGAGGUCUCUUUAAAGGUUCAGCUAGUGUGGGCUGAUAGUGUCAUGGAAAAUGGGAGCUUCUUUGUUCGAGUACUUUUUUUAUGUCUAUAAGCGAGCUGGCUCCAGCUGCCUUACUCCCUCUGCUCCUCUAUUAUUAUCAUUGAGGCGAAGAACGGUCCUUCGUCAUGAGCAGUUUUCUUUUGCUCCCCUCUUGUAUCACCACAGAUUUAAUCUGCAGCCACAGUGUUGCUAAAGCGUCUUGCUAAUCAGACUGUUUAAUGUGUAAAUAAUUCACUUACAUUUCCUUUCGACCGUUGUGCCUUUUCUGCCAAAGAUUCUCAAAGAGAAAAAUAAUAGUUGCACAUGUAGAAUCAGCUGGUCGUUACAUUUCGACCCUUCUCAUGUAUCUCAAAUCUGCUUGCUUCAGGAACGUGAGGCAACUCUUGCUAUGUUUGAGAUUGUUCAUAUUCAAUAUUUAUUUGUUUAAUUAAAGGGAAAUGUAGGUCCAAAAUGUUUUCUUUUUUGCUACAUAUGUCACUGUAAAGUAGUAUAGGCCUCCCGUUUUCAUUCUUACUCAUCUUACAUUGCCAUUGUGUUAUGGAUGGUUUUCAAUUUCUAUAUGCCAAAGUUAUUUAUC